AAUGGCUGGCUAGAUCGUUUCCAGAAACGGCACAACAUAUCAUGUUCUGUCCUGUCUGGUAAGGGGGCGUCAGUCAACGAGGAGACAAUCAACGACUGGGGGGCGUCAGUCAACGAGGAGACAAUCAACGACUGGUGCAGCCGUCUGGAGAGCAUGUGCGAGGGGUACAGUCUCAAAGAUAUUUUCAAUGCCGAUGAGACUGGCCUCUUCUAUCGUGCUCUCCCAACCCACUCCCAAGUCAUUUGCGGCGACAAGUGCCACGGGGGCAAGAAUUCAAAGGAGAGGAUAACCGUGCUACUUGGCUGCAGUGCGACGGGCGAGAAACUCACCCCCCUCAUCAUCGGUCGUGCUGCCAAUCCUCGAUGUUUCCGUGGCUAUUCGACGUCUUCACUCUCUGUCACCUACCAAGCCAACAAAGGUGCCUGGAUGACGUCCACAAUUUUCAAAGACUGUCUCCAAAAACUGAACAACAAAAUGACUCUUGAAAAAUGUAAAAUCAUAAUGUUUGUUGAUAACUAUGCUGCUCAUCCUGCUAUGACUUUGUCAAAUGUAAAACUUGUAUUUUUGCCCCCAAACACAACAGCUCGUCUACAGCCCUGUGAUGGUGGAAUCAUCAAAGCCGUCAAAUCCACCUACAGGAAAAAAACUUCUUCGCCACAUCCUCCUUAA